AUGGAUUCCACUUCUGGAAAUCAGUUACUCAGCUUCAUAGGCGUCUACUCCGGCUAUAAUCAGAUCCUAAUGCACGAGGAUGACAAGGCAAAGACCUCAUUCAUCAUCGAGAGAAGAACCUACUGCUACAAGGUCAUGCCCUUUGGGUUGAAGAACGCCGGAGCAACCUACCAGAGGCUUGUGAAUAAAAUCUUUAAGGAGCAGAUCGGCAAAACUGUGGAAGUCUAUGGGGACGACAUGCUAGUCAAAGCCCCAAAACGUGCAGAUCACAUCAAAAACCUCGCCGAGGCAUUCAACCUGAUCUGCUAG